GAUCUUCUAAAUGAGUUUGGCUAACAAUUGAAAUACUGGCGUUAUUAGGUCUGAUUUUUCCAGACUAUGGUCCGGUAGCUAACGAGGACUUCAGCGCAUUCGCGAAUUAAUAAAAAUAGCGAAAUAAAAAAUUUUUUAUAGAAAGGCCCCAAAACAUCAGCCUGUAUUUCAAGAUUCUUAUACAAAUGGCUGUAUUUGUGCAUACCUAAGCUUAACUCGCUACAUUUUCACACUUAAGUGCAUCAGUCUUAUUUACUCAAGAUGACCGCUUUCACCAACAUCACAAUCAAUUCCAGAUUAAGUUCAAGUUUAGCGUUGCGAACGUAACAACCGCAAUGUAUCUAAGCUUUUUGUUAAUCAUUUGCUAUACUCUGCCGCCUUUGCUGCGUGCUUGUCCCAUCUACCUGACAAUAUCACUUGAUGGUAAAACGUUGCAGGACUCACAUAUCGAAGUUAAUUGGGGUCCCGAAUGUCACGAAUAUCCCGAAUGGAUCGGCAUAUUUAAUGAAGAUCCUUCGACCGCUUAUGUCCCACCCGAGGCACGUAUUACGGAUAUAACUAACUCGUCUGGUAAGAUAGUGAGUGAUGUGAAAAUUGGUAAGCUACGAUUUCCACAAGGUUGGAAUAAUUAUGAUGAAAAUGUCGUACCCAUUGAGUAUCCGAAAGGCAAGUGUUUGCCCUAUUAUGUGGCAAGUUUCAAUGGUACCGAACUAUUGACGGUGGAGUGCUUGAAAAUACAACCGAAUUGGAUGUCGAAGUUGGAUCAUAUAGCGCAAAUGCCAUUGAAGGAACUCUUUAUACCAGGUACGCAUGCUUCUGCAGCGUAUGUAGCUAAUUUGACGAAAACCAAAUCGGUACUGAUCAAGGAUUAUGUAGUUGCCCAACAAUUUGAUGUCUGGUCUCAGUUAGUCUUUGGCAUACGAUAUUUGGAUUUCAGUAUUGGAUAUGACAAAAUCGACGAUGUCUACGACUCAAAUAAUGCGGAUAAUUUCUAUAUUGUCAAUGAAAAUAAACUUGUGCGCCCGCUGAGGAGUGUCUUGAAAGAUAUAAAGCGAUUCGUACAACUUUCUCACGAGGUCGUCAUAUUGGACUUUAGCUCCUUUCCUAUCGGAUUUUACAAGCAUCCCGAGCGCCAUAGCGGUCUGAACCAUCUGCUACGCGAAGAAGUCGGUGAUAUUGUGUAUAUUCGAAACACGAGCACUCAAGAAGGCUCUAAACAAUGUGACGAACUCACAAUAGAAGAAAUACGUAAGGAUAACAAAUAUCUAAUCAUAUUAUACCCAGUGCAGGAAUUACCCUAUCCGGAAAGUGAGUCGAAAAUGUUGUGCUCGAAUUGGAAACGCUUCUCAACGGCUUUUAUGAAUACCUCAGAGGCGUUAGACAAUAUGCGUUUACUGUUUAGCAAGAAACAAAAUUCACCAAUACAAAAUGAAGGUUGGGUUUUUCAAGCUAUACGCAGCAUGGAACAGUCAUUGAAUAAUAACAAGCUGGAGACAGCUAAAGAGCGUGCCGCCAUAUUGAAUCCCAAAGUUACCAGUUGGCUGAAGGGUCCGUGGAGCUUAGCCGCGAAUGUUGUGGCUUUCGAUUAUUUCAGCAAUACCAACAUUAUCGAUGUGGCCAUUUAUGCUAAUAUGCAUAAAGCUUUCAAUAUGGCUAAUAAGAAUUUUGUAAAUUUCGAAAUUGUUAGUGUUUGAAUUUGAAAACCAACACAUAGUAAUUGACGCUCAAACGCUGUGGCCCGAACAAUUUGAGACUAUCAUAGGGUGUCCAAAAGUUAAUGCAAUUUCGUUGAUAACCAAAGAUUUAGCUGUUAUAUUAUGUAUAUACAUACAUACAUAUUUAAUAAGAAUCUAAAUACAAUAAAAUAAAACUUUGUUCUUUCAGAUGGAUCUUUUCGAUUUUUGGUAAAUUUUCAGUUAGUAGUAGCGAAUUCGGAAAAUGGCGAGUUUUCUGUGUCGUUCCGUGAUAUAUCAGACUUCUGACUACAAUUUCACAUUCUUCCAACAAAUGUAUUGAUGCGUCUCAGUCCAUCGUAAUCUUUAAAGAGACCUGUUAAAAUUGUUUUUUUUUUU